AUGGGGCGUCUGGCGCUGUUUCUGCUCGCUACUGUAUCGAUUUCUUCUGCUGGAAUAUGGGUACUCAUGGACGCCUCCAAUUGCGUUCAUCUCAAAUGCGAGUGGCGUGGAAUGGGAACGGAUUGUGAGUAUGAUAACACCCACCUCCCGGCUAAACAACAGAAAGAAAGAAAAGCCAUCGCGGAUGGCGCUCCAGUCUAUUACCCAUCACAAGGAGAUAUUAACAAGGACGAGUCCGAGGCCAGCAUUAUGGCAAAAAUAAAGGCUGCGCAUCGUGUGAAUACGUUCACCGUGUUGAAUGACUUCAGCGUCACUAAGAAAUCAAUAUAUACCUGGAGUAGCUGCGGAGAGUCGAAAAUACAUCCCCAGCUGGGCGCAACCUUUCGUAUUUUGGGUGGCCAAAGCUCUGGUCCACCUUUUCUCCCGGAAGAAUACGCCGAAGAAUUGAGAGGAAUUGCCGAAGCAGCCAAUCUACCCCUGGGCGAGGUUGUCGGCUUGAAUAUUCUCUAUGACAUCACGGCAUUCGACCGCAAGCAUAUAUUUGGACUUGGGUGUACAUCCUUGGUGGCUGAAGACGCGAGGGGAAGAAUUUGGCAUGGCCGGAAUUUAGACUACGAAAUGGGCGAUCUUUUGAAAAACAUCACCGUGUUAAUAGACUUUAAACGGAACGGAAAGACGGCAUUCACCGGAGUCACUUUUGUUCUCUACAAUGGGCUUCUAACUGGUCAGAGACCAGGCGCCUUUUCGAUCAGCCUGAACGCCAGAUAUUCCGGGGCCUACAUUGACAAUAUUCUAAUGGAAAUUUAUACAAGGUUCAGAAACCCAGUGAGCUUUGUGAUGCGUGAGGUUUUGGAGGAAGAGCAAAGCUACGCCUGGGCACUUGAUCGUCUAGUUCAUACCCCUUUAAUUUGCCCGGCGUAUAUUACGGUGGCCGGAAUUAAUCGCGGGGAAGGAGCUAUUAUUUCAAGGAAAAGGAUUGGGGCUGCUGAUGUCUGGAAACUUAACAAAAAUCGCUGGUAUAUGGUGGAAACUAAUUUUGAUCACUGGACCCCACAGGGCGAUAAGAGAAAAAAAGUAGCCUCGCAUGCCCUGCAUAAAUUGGGACAAGAAAGGUUGAACGCCGAUACGCUAUUUAAUCAUGUAUUAUCGAGACAGCCCGUUUUGAAUGAUUUAACAAUUUUCACGCUGGUGAUGUCGCCAAGUGAGCCGGAUGUGCUUUUUAAUCAUAUUGUCAUCAGAACAAAUUCGACAAAGAAGAUUGAAAAUUUGGAAAUG